GUGGGGUGAAGUGAACGUUCGUAAAAAAUUAUUCUACUGCCGUUCCCUGGCGGGCUUCCAGCUUCGCGUUCGAUCAUGUCCUCCUCUCUUCCCGACUUCCGCGGCCGUGUAAGCAGCGCCCCUCCUCUUCCUAUACCGUUCUUCCACUUCUCUCCUCCGCGUCUCUUCCUCUCUCGUUCGGUUUGCACUAUCGAAGGAGGUAGGAUGAGAUGGAUUUGAUUCCCAACAUUCGCUUGCCCACUGUUCUUCUCCUCGUCGUAGCGGUGUCGGUUGCCGAUUCCACCUUCAUCUCAGAUAAUGUGCUCGGGUCGCGUGGAUCUGCCGGGCGGAGUUUGCUUCAGGCUCAAACGAGUUGCCCCAUCGACUUUGAAAACUUGAACUACACGAUCAUCACCAGCAAGUGCAAGGGUCCACAAUACCCUGCUAACUUCUGUUGUACUGCCUUCAAGGAAUUUGCAUGCCCCUAUGUGGAUCAGUUGAAUGAUGCCGCAAAUGACUGUGCCACGACCAUGUUCAGUUACAUUAACCUCUAUGGAAAGUAUCCUCCAGGCCUUUUUGCCAGUGAAUGCCGUGAAGGCAAGGAAGGCCUCGCUUGCGAUGCUCUUCCCCCAGGAUCGGAGAGUGCUGCUGAUGCAAGCUUCGCCACAACAAUUCGAUACUUCACUUCUCUUGUUCUGCUUUUUUCAGGAAUUAUAAUAUCCCUUUGUUGGUGAAACUGAAAAAAAAUGUAUAGAUUGAGAGUUGAGACAAAAUUGAGUCAUGCCUAUAAAGCUUGUUAGGUGCCACUACUUCGCCUCUGUGUAUCAUUGUGUGUAUAACAGCAGUGAAAUAUUGCUUCUGAAUUCAAUGAACUUUUUGCUC